CACAGACUGUGUGUGGGAGGUCCAUAACUUUAAAAGCCAACUGUACCCCCGACAGACCCGACUAACCAUGACGGCCUACCUCACUGCUGUCCCUCUGCUGUGUCUACUGGCCACUGCACGGCCUCAGGACAUCGGUUGCCCGGAUGCUGACCCAACAUUGACCCCGUGGAACCCCGGCCAGGACUGGACGGCGCAGGUGGUUGUGGGACGGGGAGAAAGCUACCUGCUGCAGUCAUCGGCCGCCUUCUACUCACUGGAAAUCAAAGAUGGGGGUCGAGUGGUGUUCGCUGACCCUGGUCCCGCCAGCAAGACUGAGAUCAUUCUGACGUCACGUGAGAUCACAGUCAGUGCGGAUGGAGAGUUCCACAUCGGCAGCGAGACGUGCCCGUACCAGGGGAAGGCCACGGUCACGCUGUACGGCCGCUCUGAUGACCGGACCAACAACAAACAGUUCCUCGUGAUGGACGGCGGGACUUUGGAGGUGCACGGGAAACAGAAGCUGGGCUGGACACAGCUAACCCAGACCGUGCCGGCAGGAGGCCUACCUAAGGGCAUGUACUUCUGGGACUCUGCGCCCGAGUGGCCCCGUGGUAUCCACGUGCGCGUGUUUGACGAGAUCUCCGGGACUCACGUCAGUACGGACAGGUUCGACACGCAGGUCAGCAGGGAGGAGAGCCUGCGUCUGGCGGCCUUCAUCGACCAGGUCCCCGCCGGGAGAGUUGUGGCACUAGCGGUGGUGAACACCGCACAUGGCAAUCUGGAGGCUACUGCCAAGCAGAAGAUUAGGGAACUGGGAAGUGUCGAGGUGGACUCACUGAACUAUAGGCAGCCCUGGGCGCUGGUCAGUGUGAAGGGUGACCCCAGUGUUGCUGUGGAGCAAAAACUUCCAUAUGUUGAUGCCCAGACCACCGGCACAGCCACGGCUUCGGUCACUCUGCAGGCCUUCUUCGGUGCCUUCAUGGUCACAGCGACAAGUGAAUGGCUCGGAGGAAGCCCACGAUGUACUUUCACUGUUGAUGGCGAUGGUAAUGAGUUGGUGAUUAACGUAAAGGAUGACGUCAGCUCAUGGGAGCCCGGUGACCACAUCGUGCUGGCCAGUACGGACUACGACAUGGAGCAGGCGGAGGAGUUUGAGCUGCUGCCGUGUGACGAGUGCUCAAAUAGACAGGUCAAAAUCAACGGUCAGGUCAGGUACAACCACUUCGGGGAGGUGACAGAUGACGUGGACCUUCGCGGGGAGGUGGGCCUUCUGACUAGAAACGUCAAGUUCCAGGGUAGGAUGGAAGACAGUUGCUAUGGUGACAACUUCUGUCAGUUCUUCGACUACGACACGUACGGAGGACAUCUCAAGGUUCUGUAUGGUUUUAAGAACGUCCAUCUAUCUGGAGUGGAGUUCACACAGAUGGGUCAGCAGCUGGUGGCCGGUAGCUACCCUGUCCACUUCCACCUGGCCGGAGACGUGGACGAGGCAGGAGGCUACAGCCGGCCCACCUAUGUCCGUGACCUGUCCAUCCACCACUGCUUCUCCCGCUGUGUCACCAUACACAGCACCCACGGCCUGCUGGUCCAGGACACUGUUGGGUACGACACACUCGGACACUGCUUUUUCCUGGAAGAUGGGAACGAGCAGCGGAACGUUCUGGACCAUAACCUGGGCCUGGUGACGCGGCCGGGCACGUUACUACCCUCUGAUCGGGAUGUAGACAUGUGCCGCGGGCUUACUGGGGCCGUGUAUGGGGGAUACAUGCCUAAUCCGGGAAAAGAGUGCAGAGGCGUGUCCACUUUCUGGAUCGCCCAUCCCAACAACGUGCUGACCAACAACGCUGCAGCCGGCUCUGCGGAGGUCGGGAUCUGGUACAUCUUCCACGAUGAACCGACCGGGCUGUCUGCAGGGUCCCUGCCCCGCAAACAAGCCGAACGGACCCCGUUAGGACGGUUCUACAACAACAGAGUGCAUUCCAAUGCAAAGCGAGGCUUCAUGAUAGACGACCGCGUGAAGACCACACCAGCUUCUGCCCGGGCUCCUCAAGAGUAUCUGUCUCUAGGACAAGGACAAGGGUACUUCCCCCACCAGAACGCUGACCUGCAGCAGCCGCGGGAACCCGCCAUGAUUGAAGGGCUGAUCGCCUACAAGAACCUGAACGGCGAAUGGAUCAGGGGCGGGGAUAUCUGGCACGAUAGAUGCGCGUUUGCUGACAACGGCGUGGGUCUGACAAUGGCAAGUUCGGGAUUUUUCCCCAAAGACGUUGGUGGAACGCAGCAGAUCUGGAACAGCAUUUUUAUCGGAGAGAGCGCAAACGUCGGCACCAUGAGGGGGGCCAAGGCGUGGGGUAUGGGCGGGGUCCGGGCGGUGGAGAGGAGUUUUCCUGACACAACGGUCUUUCCAAUGCGAGGUCUGGACUACUAUGACGGUCCUACUCUGGCUAGAAGCUGCACGUUUAAGAAGUACGCCUCUGCCCCGGAGUACGGCCGCUACAGCAGCGCCAUCGGCUGGCGGCUCACGAAUGACUGGCACAUGUCACCCAAAAACAACGCUACCAACCUCAAGUUUGAAGAUGUGCAAACCCGCGUCUUCACUACGGGAGAAAACAUCCCCUACAUGUCAAACGACAGGGAUGGAGACAAGAACCAGGUGUUUCACGACUUGGACGGGAGCGUCACGGGCUACCCGGACACGUACGUGGUCAGGCAGGACAACUACAUGGUCAAGAACCCCGGAUGUGUGGACAAACCGGAGUGGCGAGCCAGUAUCUGCAGCGGAGAGUUGGCACAGGUACUCUUUGUUGCCAAGCCAGCGCUGCCCCGGACCAUGACCAUAGUCCGUGACGAGUACCCUGACCAGCCCAUGACCAUGGCGGGUGCACGGGAACUGGUGACCAAGUUCUACCAGCCUGUGGUGACGCUACAGCAGUCAUACACCAUCCACUGGGACACACGCGCUCCAGAAGAGGUCACCAUUUACAUGUUUAACUUUGACAGCGGGGAAUGGGUGCGGCUGGGCCUGUGCUAUCCCCCAGGAACCACGUUUGAUGUGAAGUACCAGCACGAGCGGCGUGUCAACAAGAAGGUGAUGUACGAGGAGGACAUGUCCCCGGUGUCCAGUCUGGCUGAUGUGGAGGCCGGCAGUGGAAAAUUCUUCUACUUUGAAGAAAGCACCGGCCUGCUGUUCCUGAAGGCACGUGCUCAGGAGGCCCGUAGUGGGGAUGACUACUGCUCGGAUGUGGGCUGUGAGCGGAUUGUCAUCACCGCCACCAUGACAGGGAACCAGCCCAGCGACUGUAGAGCCUCAACCUACCCGAAGUACAGUCUGACUCCCACACAAGCCGUCCCCAUGUCCAGCUUCAUGAGUAUUGUCCAGGACUGUUCCGGCUGUGGGGCUCAGGAACCCAUCAUCUUCGACGCUGCCCUGCGGUUCCUGGAGGUGACAGUGGUGUCUGCUGGUUGGGAGGAGCUACAGCUCGGCCACAGUCCGUACAUAGAGAUUAACGGAGUCCGCUAUGACCACCGUACGCGAGGGUACCUGGUACUCGGUGUUGAUGCAGUGUCCGGUACAAUCACCCACCAAUCCACGUUCAACACACACAGCUCCAACACAGACAUCGACCUGAGAAUGGCCAACUUCAUACGCAACGAUAUCCCCAUAAAUUCCAUAGUGGUGGUGUCUGUGCGUGACCGGUCCAGUCGCUAUGCCCAGGAGUGUCUGGUGGCCCUGAAGGAGAUAGGGGCAGCCGAGCCUGUCGCCACGGAUGACAAAGGUAAUUUUGCGAUGGUUGGUUUCAAGGGGACCGUGUGGCCGAGCUGGGUCCAGCAGGUCAACCUGCCGUCCGGUCAGGGUCCGGCACAGAUCUACACCAAGGUUCCUCUCAUGGGCUGAACUGGUCAACUGGAACGAGUGGUCUUAUCG